GUUACAAACUGGCGUGCAGCCAGGGGCCGUCUAUUUAAAAGCGCCUGCUCCACCAGAGCCUGUAGUCUCUUUGGAAACUUCUGCCGGGGAAAAGAGCUAGAGAGGAGCUGCAAAGCGGUGUGGGGUUUUUCCUUUUUUUUUUUUUUUUUCUUUUCUUUCUCUUUUUAAUUACCCCCUCCUCCCAUUUGCACCCUUCUCCCGACUUCUCGCAAAACCUGCGAAUUUCGAAGAGGUGGUGGCAGAGUGGGAGAAAAGAGGUGUCAGGGUUUUUGAUUGGGGUGUUUUAUUCUUUUUCUUGAUUUUAACAUUUCCCCCACCCUCUCGGCUGCAGCCGCUGCCUCUUACCUGUUCCGCGGCAGCCGGGUGCCGCUGGCAACUGAGGAUUAGAAAGAUGCAGGUUUUACCAUAGAUUUUAAACUAUUUUUUUUAAGCAGCCCAUUUUUCUCCCCCUACCCCCUUCUUCACAGCCUCCGACCUCAUUCCGGUGGUCGCUUUGGGGGGAGUAAUUUGGGGUUUUUCCCCUCCUGCAAGUCUGACCCGGUCGAGCUCGGGGAUUGGUUUCUCCAGCCCCCACUCCCUCUGCCUGUACUAGACGCUUUUCCCCCAACCUGUUGCAAGUCUUUGAUCCUUGCAAUUGGGACUUGCUGCAGGCACCCCAACUCCCCCCUCCCACAUUUUGCAAUUGUCUAGAGGAAGGGUACCUGCUCUACCUGCUAGAAACUUAAAAAAAAAAUUCUCGGGGCGCGCUCCUGGCCCCUUUCUCCCAGCACUCUCGCUCUCCUGCCCCGCCCCAAGGUAAAGGGGGAGUCUCGGAGAAGAUGGUGCUCACCGCGAUCCUCCUGCUCCUGGCCGCCAGUGCAGGGCGGGCCCAGGGUCUGGGCUCCUUCGUGCAUUGCGAGCCCUGCGACGAGAAAGCCCUCUCCAUGUGCCCCCCCAGCCCCCUGGGCUGCGAGCUGGUCAAGGAGCCCGGCUGCGGUUGCUGCAUGACUUGCGCCCUGGCGGAAGGGCAGUCGUGCGGCGUCUACACCGAGCGCUGCGCCCAGGGGCUGCGCUGCCUCCCGCGGCAGGACGAGGAGAAGCCGCUGCACGCCCUGCUGCACGGCCGCGGGGUUUGCCUCAACGAAAAGAGCUACCGCGAGCAAGCCAAGAUCGCAGAGAGAGACUCCCGUGAGCAGGAGGAGCCCACCACCUCCGAGAUGGCCGAGGAGACCUACGCCCCCAAGAUCUUCCGGCCCAAGCACACCCGCAUCUCCGAGCUGAAGGCCGAGGCAGUGAAGAAGGACCGCAGAAAGAAGCUGACCCAGUCCAAGUUUGUGGGGGGCGCUGAGAACACUGCCCACCCCCGCGUCAUCUCUGCACCUGAGAUGAGACAGGAAUCUGAGCAGGGUCCUUGCCGCAGACACAUGGAGGCCUCCCUGCAGGAGCUCAAGGCCAGCCCCCGCAUGGUGCCCCGGGCUGUGUACCUGCCCAACUGUGACCGCAAAGGAUUCUACAAGAGAAAGCAGUGCAAGCCUUCCCGUGGCCGCAAACGCGGCAUCUGCUGGUGCGUGGACAAGUAUGGGAUGAAGCUGCCGGGUAUGGAGCACGUGGGGGACUUCCAGUGCCACACUUUCGACAGCAGCAAUGUGGAGUGAAGCGUCCGCCCCCCUCCCCCCGCCCUCCCCUCCUGCCCCUCCCGCCCCCCAGCCCUGGCUCCAGCCAGCGCCUCCCUCCACCCAGGACGCCACUCAUUUCAUCUCAUUGAAGGGAAAAAAAUUACUUAUAUGUAUCUUUUUUGAGGAAACUGAGGACCUCGGAAUCUCUAGCAAGGUCUCAACUUUGAAAACAACAACAACAGAGAUGCAGAAAGUUAAGGAGAACCCCCUUUAAAAUGGUUUUCUGAGACAAGUCGGAUGAACAUGGGAGGGAAGAGAGAAAGAACAAAGGAAAGCAAAGGGCAGCGGGUGAUUCAGUGCAGAAGAGAGGGAAAGGUGUGAGAGAAGUUAAGAAAAGGAGAAGGGCGUAGGCAGGGAGGCCAGGCCCCGGGACCAGGGCGGGACCCAGGCCGUGCACCCAGCCCUGAGCGAGCCUAGCCGAGCGCAUCCCGGGGGUCUGGGCACCAGGGGCCCCGGCCAGGUGAGGCAUUGCAGGCCAACUUGGGGUUUCCCCUCUGUGAGUUGGUCACAUGGGAGAAAAGAAAAGACCCGAGUGCCUGCACCCAGCCUCUCUCUCUGUCCUGCAAUCAGCAAUUUGGAAGGCUUGAACCCUCUUCUUUCUCUCCUCUGAUCCAGCAGAAUGUUCUCCCUCCCCGAAAUUUAUGAAAACUGAAAUGCAUUCCACUCCUCCCAAAGCAAAUGAGUAACUGAAAUUAUUCGAUAGACGAGUUUUCCUGUACAUAUCUCACUCCCGGGCAGACUUUCAGAAACCAACUGGCGCCCCAAUAAUGGAAAGACUUGUUCUCCCGGGGUGACUGAAAUUACCUGCUGAAGCCAGUGAUUUCGACCCCUGUAGUAUUCAAUUUGCAGACAGGACAGCCUCUGAGGGAGAAGCUGAGCUGAAAAAAAAAAAAAAAAAAAAAAAAAAGUGGGCCUGUAUUUACCUACCGGGCUCCCUGUCGCCAUAUAUAGGCAUGUAAAUCUCUCUUCUUUUUCUUUCUUCCUUCCUUUCUUUUAAACGUUUGCAUUUACUUUCCAAAGUACUUCCUAUAGAGGCAUUGAAGAGCUUCCUCAUUGUGGGAAAACCAAGAAAAAUCAUAUUCCUGUGAUGGGACAUAUUGUGGGGUGAUUCCUCUGUGCCUUUGUGCACAAGGGCCUCCAGGCCAGGUAGAUGAGGACUCCCAGGUGCCCCCAUUUUGCUCCCAGGGUCCCCCCUCCAAAGGUAAAACAGGUAAGACGCCCGACGGGGCCUGGCCAGCCUUUUCGUGUCUUCUGGGCACCACCUGCCUUUUAAAGCCUCUCAGUCUUCAGACUGGUGAGCAGGAGACUGAGUGGGAAUGGCAUGGAGGCGACCAGAGGUGGCAAGCUGGAAGCAGGGAAAGAGCCAGUGACCGCUCAGGCCAGAGUAGAUGGAGGGGUGGGUGGGAGGCACAGAAGGCUAGGGAAAUGGGCUGGGGGGCUGACUGCCCCUUUUAGGGGCAACAAGAAAGGGGAUGAGGCCAAGAGACAUUUCCUUGGGUCCUCCCUUCAUGAGCUCUCUGGGAUUUGGGAGAAAUGAGAGGAAAGAGAGGAGGGGAGGUUGUAAGAGAGAAAUGAGCUUCAUCCAGGCCUUUGAGCCCGAAGUGAGCCCUAGACAUUAGCAGCUGAAAAGGAGAGAGGAUCGUAGAGAAUGGUCGGUCAUGCUUUGGAAGACGAGAUACCUUGCCUUGCCAGGAGGCUCCCUUCACCCUGUCUGAGGAAAGGAGGCCAAAGAGUCUUUCAAGCUCUUCAUCCACUCUGGCCAGUUCACGCUUCCUCCCUGGGGUGGAGGAUGGAAGAAAGGCGCAGGGAAGGGAUACUUUGGGGGUGCUGUCAUUGGCAGCCGGAUUCUGAACUAAGAAAAACCCCAUUCUCCACUGGCUUUCUCAACACAUGGGAGGCCUUGAAGCUGCCCUCCGAGGCUGGAGGCAGCCUGCAGGGGGAGGGGCUUCGACACGGGCAGAGGAGCCUCUUCUUGCUGUGAACAGCCUCUCCGUCUGCCCUGAUGGCCUGACACCAUGCGAUAACCUCCAACACCAGACUCGGGGCAGCAGAGAGGAACCUCAAAGAAGUACGUACAUUUGAAGCCGUGGAUAUUUGUAGCAGUAGAACUUGGGGACUGUCUCCCACUGUCCCAGAUGGACAGUGACAAACAAUGAGAGGAGAGGUCAGUCUUCUUGGCACAGGGCCCAGUGGAGGAGGCAGCCAUGAGGACUCACCAAGGCGCCAUGUCAUCGCCCCCAUCUCGGCACAACUCUCCCCAGCUCACAUCUCUGUCUUAGGCCAGUAUCCUAACCUUGCCCCCCACCACUCUUCUUUCUGCCCAUUCUUCCUUUGGAUCGUGAGUGGUCAUCCAACUGAGAUCUGCCAAUGGAUACUGGGGUACCAUUCCCCCUAAGAAAAGACUGAGCCAGGAACUGCAUGCCCCACCCUCAACCCUUCCAAGGCCUGGACUUGGUUCCCGAGGGGCUUCCCCCCAGCCCGCCCCCCCCACCCCCCGGCCCUGCUGUUACCGGACUUGACAUUGGCUCUUUGCUGCAGCCCUGAGUUGCGGAACUUUGUUCUGGUUGACCCUGCCAGAGUCAUCAGCGUUCCACAGUUCAUGUCAACUCACCCACACCUGCCAGCAUCUGCAGGAAGUGAUUCUGGUACUACCAUACCCCAGAGGAAGGUGGACCUCCAUGACAGAUUUCGGAACUAAACCUCCCAGGGGGGAGGUCUACCUGAGCCCAGAGUGGGGGCGGGUCAAGAGGAGGGAGCCGUGGAGGAAGAUGGAGCCCCUCCCUUGGAGGGUGGGAGCACAGGCAGGUGUGGAAGGGCAGGGACUGGGAGCCACCACCUGCCCGCCUCUGCCAUGGACUCCGGUUUCGGACCUCACUUCUAACGCACCCCCCCCCAAUAGGAGGUCUCUGCCCGUCUCCCCUUUGAUUCAUGCCUCACUCAGGCAGUGGAGAAUUCACCUGUGGUCCCCCACCCUUGCUGGGUGACUGAGGGAGACCUAACCAGGAGCGACACUCCUUCCCCCCAGGGCAGCAUGACCCACCUGGGCUAACAGGGCACCUGGGAAGAGACUCGGAAGUUUCUCGACAGCCAGGCCUGGACGGACAGGCUUGGAGACAUUCACCUCCACAUGGCGAGGAAGGGCGGCCCUGUGUGGCCCUGCGUCUCCUCUCUCGUCCUCCCCCACAUCCCGUCACCUGGGCUGUGUGUCCGCCGGCACCCUGCCCGGGGACAGCCUCUUCCCACCUCCUGGGAAGGCCCACCUCGUCCACCCCUCUCCCACCACCUGGCUAGUGAGUAGGGACAGGGCCGCCUCGGCCACCGCCAAGCCCCCUUCCCACCCAUCCACUCAGCCCCCCAGAGAAUGGGGACUCGGAGAGGUGUGGGCCCAGAAGCCACUCUGGCCAGGGGAGCAGCGUUUCAGCUUCCGAGAAGAAGGGAGGCCAAGCUGGAAAAGCAGCAGCACCAGCAGCCAGCCACCUCGGCCUUGUACUGUCUUGAUUUUUAAAACCACUAAAGUGCAAGAUUGCUUUUGCACUUUUCUCCACUUGUUUUUUCCUCGUAGAUUUUUGUUUCUUUUGAUAAACAUGCUUCCUUGGUUUUCUAGUGGAGUAUAUAGUUUAGCCAUUUACAUAGAUUCCAGCCUCCUCUCUUUAACUCCUUUUGGAUGGGAAAGGGAAGGUGGGGAGGGUCAGAUGAGGGGGGGCUCCCAGCCACCCUGCACCCACCCACCCCAGUCCCUGGUCCCGGCUGCCAGCCUGAGCCCCCCACAUCUUCCACCACCACCACAGUCACACAGUAACCCACACGGAUAGACGGUUGUCAGUCAAGAUCCUUCAGAUUCCGAGUUCCCUACCGGUUUGUUUAAGAUAGCAGUAACCACAGCACAUAUUAACUGUAGUUCUUUAUAGCACGUCAUACCUACCAGAGGUCUAUCCUCUCUUCCUUUUUUGUUUUCAACUUUUUUUUUUUUUUAAAUAAGUGCUCAUAAUCUUUACUGGUGAAAAGGAUGGAAAAACAAAACCAACAAACAAUACUAGUUUGUGAAAAAAGUGGAAAAAAAAAAAAACCACCUGAAUGCCAAGAGCUCGGUCUCCUGUUGAGCAUUUUGUACCUAAGGAAAUAAAAACAGAAAACAAAAACAGAGAUCUCACGUUUUAUUAAAAAAGUGAAGAUUGCUGUAUACUAUUUAUUCAACUUAUAAUUUAUGUUACUCCUUGAUCUUUGUCUUUUGUCAUGACAAAGCAUUUAUUUAAUAAAGUUAUGCAUUCA